GAGACGGAACAUUUAAUGAAGGAACUAUCAGUUCUAUCCGGUGAACGUUUUCUCUGACGGAKCAGAAAAUUAUAUAUUUGUAAACAGAAUCAGUGAAACCUCACAURGUGCCCUUUUGAUGGCAUCAUCAUCAUCCAAUGUGGAGGAGGAGCAUUCUUCUUUGUUACACACAUCCUCAUGUGGAUUCAUGUGAGAGCUGACUCACACACACAGAGAGAGAGCCAUCAGCCUGUGUAAGAAAAGCAGUGCCACCCCAAAACUCUGUCAUAAACUCAAUAAGAGUGUCCGCCUCUAGCUAGUGGAUUAACAGAGCUGUGUUAACGAGGAAUUGUUUUCCUGGAAGAAGCCUACUGCCCUCGAGGAACACGGCUUCCCUCUGGGGCUCAGACUGCAGAUGCUUCAGCUGCGAGGUCCAGAGCCGCUUGGAUCGUCCCCUGCCCAGAGAACCACCCAGCCCCAUAGAGAACCACCCAGCCCCAUAGAGAACCACCCAGCCCCAUAGAGAACCACACAGCCCCAUAGAGAACCACCACCCCGCCUGCCCUAACAGCCUCCACACGGUGCCAAGCCGAGGAGCACCAUGGAGGAGGUGGAGGACAUUAGCCCUGCCCUGGAGGCCACCGAGGACUUUCUACACUGCCUGGACGGAGGUAGAGGCCAGGGAGGGGAGGGGGUCCGGCAGCCCAGGCAGCACCACCCCAAGCUGCAGGAGAUGUCUGUAGCCRUGGGGAAGCUGAGCUCUAGCGGYGUGUGGGGCCUGCUGGCUGGGGAGCAGGGGACCGAGGUGUCCCCGCGUAACGUGGCCUGGGCUGACCAGCCCUCAGCCUUCAGCGUGCUGGCUCUGAGGCAGGGGAAAAGGAGCCGUGCUCGUUCCACUAAUGACCUGGCCGCCCACACCAAAGACACCAACAACACCUCCUCUAACGCCGCCUUUAAGAAAGGCCACAACCGCUCGCGGUCUGAUGUUAAUUACCGGCCGUCCUACAUGGACAACGCUAACGGCCUGCCUGCUGUGGACAAGAACACGCUGAAGAACAUGGCUCUCAACGACCAGAGAGAAGAAGGCCGUAAGGGCAGCAGCAGCAGCGGCAGUGUGGUGAAACAGGGUACCCUGGAGCAUCGUGAGGGUCAGAAGGGUCGUUGGAGCGUCUGUCACGUAGAGCUUACCCCAUGUGAGCUGCGCGUCUACAGCCUGGACAGCAGCGGUAACUGGCAGCUCUGCACUGCCUACUCCCUGUCCCACUGCCAGGGGGUCAGCCAGCCCCAGCCGCCCCAGGACGGGCGAGUCCURCAGGCCCUCUUCUUCAACAGCUCCACCUGCCUGCAGUUACGUGCCGCCUGCCAGUGGGAGGUGCUAGACUGGAGGAGGCUGAUCUGGGAGAGAGUACUGGCUGCCCAGCCCGCCRACAAAAAUGCAGAGUGUCUUCCAGCCUUAUCCCCGUCGUCAUCCGUUACCUCUGGAGGUCUCGACACCAGACCAGAUCCCCGUGGUCCUGCUGAGGCUGCCCUGGCACCUGGUUGCUCCCAUUUCCUCCCAGCCCGGCCCACGGCCCUGCCCCUGUUCACCCAGUGCUGUACGGAUGUCCUCAAGGCUGGGCUCCUCCACCAGCUGACUGACCAGAACAACUGGAGGGCUUUCACCUUCGUACUGAGUCGCUCCACGCUGCAGGCCUUUCCCACCGAGGGCCGGGGGCCCGUGUCCGAGCCCGUCCUCCACUACCCGCUGGCCUCCUGCCUGGCCGUGCAGAGGGACGAGGCCAAGGGGGUGAGCGCUGGCUGCUUCCAAGGCYUCUUCCCCAGCGYGGUGCUCCGUCUGCGGGCUGAGAGCCAACUCAAYGCCCAGGACUGGGUGGAGGCCCUGCGGACGGCCGUGGCAGCCCAGAGGCCCCAGGGUGAGGAGGGACAGGGUUCCGGCCAGGCCCAGCUYGGUGCAGUGUCGACGGGGAUUCUGCUGAGGAGCAAGCCCUCCAGGGAGAGGAGGCAGAGGGACACCCAGAGGGCCAAGAGACAGUCAGUCACAACCAGCUUCCUCAGUAUUCUCACCUGCCUGGCUGUGGAGAAGGGCCUGACCACCCAGAGCUUCCGGUGUGCAGGGUGUCAGAAGCCAGUAGGGUUGUCGCGGGGCAAGGCCAAGGUGUGUUGCUACAGUGGCUGGUACUACUGCCAGAGCUGUCACCAAGACAACCUGUUCCUCAUCCCUGCCCGCCUGCUGCACAACUGGGACACCAACAGACACAAGGUGUCCAAGCAGGCCAAGGAGUUCCUGGAGUUUGUUUAUGAGGAGCCCCUGCUGGAUGUGCAGCAGUUGAACCCGUGUCUAUAUGAACACUGUGAAGGCCUGGCUGCAGUCCUACGCCUGAGACAGCAGCUCCAGUCACUCAGAGCAUACCUGUUCAGCUGCCGCGCUGCCGUGGCCGAGGACCUCCGGAGAAGGUGAGAGAGGAAGGGAAGUGUGAGGGGAGUAGGGUAGAGAGGCUGUAUGGGUAUGAAAAGUGUGAGGGGAGUGUAGGGUAGAAGAGGCUGUAUGGGUAUGAAGUCUGAGGGGAGUGUAGGUUAAAAGAGGUUGUAUGGAUAUGAAGUGUGAGGGGAGUGUAGAGUAGAAGAGGCUGUAUGGGUAUGAAGUGUGAGGGGAGUGUAGAGUAGAAGAGGCUGUAUGGGUAUGGAGUGUGAGGGGAGUGUAGAGUAGAAGAGGCUGUAUGGGUAUGAAGUGUGAGGGGAGUGUAGAGUAGAAGAGGCUGUAUGGGUAUGAAGUGUGAGGGGAGUGGAGGGUAGAAGAGGCUGUAUGG